GGGGACAGUGUCGUGAUCAAUGGCUGACCCUCGCCUCUCAGCCUCAGAAAUCAGUCUCCUCUCUGAUAUCGCUAUCCAGCUGGACCAGAUCACCCUGCGAGAAGACUAUGCGCUCAGCAGCGACGCAACCAACAUCUCUACAGCGGAGGCGCCACCGCAGCCGUCACCGUCUCACCAAGAGGUUGAAGAAGACGAGCAUCAUCUCCCGAGUACGGAUGAGACACCAGGACCAUCUCGUCCUCCUCGUGCUCUUCGAGACAAAUGGACCUGGGCACGCGACUUUGUGCACGACCGGCUCCCCACGACCUCAGCAGGCAGACAGCAACUCAAACGCGACAUCACUAGGUCCAAUCCAGUGGUGGCACGAGUCGACACCGAUCCGCGACUGGGGAACGCCGCCUCGACAGGGUUGCGCAGUAAAUGGGGACUGCAAGGCUGGCGGUUCGGCGUGUUCCUCUCAACCAUGGCCGUCGUGGCAUGCCUGGUCGCAGAGCUAGUCAUGCUCGCGUGCGCCAUGUCCCUCAACAAGCCGCAGGGCAACAAGCACAACAUCGGGGUCCUGUACGUGGGCGACUGCGCGAAGGUCGAGCGGAUCAACACUUUGCUGGCGAUCCCGCUCAACAUCAUUGCCACGGUUCUGGUCGCGACGAGCAACUACGUGAUGCAAUGUCUGUCGGCGCCGAGCAGGAAAGACAUCGACGGCGCGCAUGCGGCCGGCUCGUACCUCAACAUUGGCAUUCCGUCGGUGCACAACUUGUUCCGGCCGGUAUCGUGGAAUUCGCUUCUCUGGGUGUCUCUCGUCCUAACCACGGUGCCUAUUCACCUACUACUCAACUCAGCCUUCUUCAGCGCGCUACAGGCGAAUAAUUACGGCAUCGUCGUCGCCGACAGCACCUGGGGAAUUGGUGACCCGCCCAGUGGCAGAGUUACCUUCUGGAACGGUACGGUCGCAGGAUCCCUGGCUCAACAAUUCAGCUUGUUUAUGUGGUUGGCGGUUGGAGAUCUGGAGCACCUGUCCCGCGAUGAUUGCUUCGCGCGAUAUGGGGUCGAGCUGCAGAGCGACGCGUCCAAUGUGGUGGUGAUCACGAAGCAAGACACGGGCAAAUACAGCACCCUCCCAGAACUGUCGCCGUCGUUAUCCAGCCAGUCAGACACUUUUGAGCCGAUUGACCCCUUUACGGCUUUCCAGCUGCCAGAGGGCGUUGGGAUGUUUUUCAAUCCUUUCAGCGGCAACGCGGAACCCAUCUUCAACCAAACCAUCCACCACUGGACAUCGGGGAUCCUUCCCCAAAACAACAGUGGCGGACUAUACAUCUGGCCCUUAGACGGCGUAUACGGCGUCGACUCUCUCAGGAGCGUGUUUUCGUCAUUUGACUAUAACUACUGGUCCCUGAUCAAGGAAAUGCAGUACGACUUCGACAAUCCUGAUAUCCUCCGAGCAGGCCAGUGGAAUCCCACGAGCUGGAUGUGCAGCACGGCCGAUCUGCUCGCGGGCAAGGCGUGUACUUCUGGCAAGAACUCGCAAGCCCCAAGUCCGUGGCUGGUGACUCCGAAAAAUUUCGAAGUCGACCACUGUCUGAGUCAGAGCACCGAGGAGAAAUGUAGCCUGCAGUACAACUUCACAAUUCUCCUCAUUGUGAUCGGCUGCGAUAUUGUCAAGAUCAUAGCCAUGUCGGCCGUUCUGUUCAUGGUGUCGGAGCGACGGCUGGCCACCUUGGGAGACGCCAUUGCAUCGUUCUUGGAGAGACCCGAUCCCUACACGCGCGGCUAUUGCUUGCUUGAACAAAACCAAGCACGUCGGUUGUCCAAGAAAAGCCUGUGGUCACGGCAAUGGCAAUGGCACUCCUUGUGGUCGUGGUGGUCAAGGAGGAGGAACAGGAACAACACCAAAUCUUCCUUCAGCCAUCGCUAUCAACAUGUCAAUGCCGCAAGCAUCAGCGCAGGGACCAGGGCUUGGGCAGAAAAGCUCGACUUAGAUCCAGCCAGCGCUGUCUGGACUGAAAGGACGAGGCGCUGGGGGUCAAUCCCGUCACACAAUCGCUGGGCGGCCUUUGCCUUGCUGUACGUGGGAUUACUCGCCGCGUCGCUUGUGGUGCUGUGGCUUGGCGUGCGCGACCUGCAUCGAACCGGCAUCAACAACCCAUUCGGUCGGGGGUUUGGUUCUCUUGACCCGAACGCGCUCUUUGCAUAUCCGACGUCAUUCACGACCACCGGUUCCAAUGCCACGUUUACGGUGGUGCAGACCAACAAGUCACGCACGCUCUUCGCCGACGUCAUCACUGUCAACACGCCACAGCUGCUGUUUUCGACGCUGUACUUCAUGUACAAUGGCUUGCUCACCUCCAUGGUCAUGGCGGCCGAGUGGGGCCGGUUCGCAUCUACUCCCAAGGCCUUGCGUGUGAGCGAGCCGCGCGAGGGCCAGCGGUCAACGUAUUGGCUUCAGCUCCCCUGGAAGUACAGUCUGCCAUUGCUGACAAUGUCAAUUGUCCUGCACUGGAUCGUCUCGCGGAGUUUGUUCAUGGUGAGAAUCAACGUUUUUGGUUGGGAUGGCAAGGAGCAGCCCGAGAGAGACAUCUCGGCGUGUGGAUACAGCCCCUUGGCAAUCCUGAUUGUGAUUCUAGUCCUCGUACUGUCCUUGGUAGUUAUGCUAUUGGCCGGAAUGCAGAAGCUCGCCCCUGGGAUCCCGGUAUGUGGAACGAACAGUCUGGCCAUCGCGGCAGCCUGCCACCACAGCGAUGAAGGCGACCCAGACGUCUCGUGCAAACCGCUUCGAUGGGGAGUCACCAAAUUGGCCGAGAAAGAUUUGCCAGGUCACUGUAGCGUGACGGACGAAGAUGUUUGUAAACCAGUCAGCGGGUUGAAAUACAGGUGAUCGCAUGAAAAAAAAAA